CAAUAUUUUGUAUCAUUCGUCGCAAGCCAGUUCUUUAUAAGCAAAGAGGUAUUACUAUAUUAUACCAGGUUAAAAUUUGGGAUUUUUGAAAUAUGACUCCGGCUUCCACAUUUAUGGUCCUGGGUCCCGUAACACGAAUGUUAGCGAUCGAUCGUACACAUUAUUUUCACGAUUGAUUGUACAUUGGAGCCAUUGCAAUCAAUCUUAACAAGUGUUCUACGAUGAAUGUUAAGCUUUGUGUUACGGGUCACUGCUACAACGAACGCAGAGGGGAAAUCGAAUUAUUUGCAGUGCAUUAAGCUUCAUUCUUUCAAGAUGAUGGGACUAUUAUCUCCAAGCUCUCGCUUAUGUUUAUUCGUCCUCUUUGUUUUAGGGAUCAACUUCUGUUGGAGCUUCAAAUCGACGAGAAUUAAUUCUUCAAAUUAUCCAUCUCCAUACCCCUCCGAUGAUAUUCAAGAGUGGGCUGUUGUAACUCCACCAGGAAAUCAAACGUUGAUAAUCGUAAAUGAGUUAAACCUCGAGGAACCAUGGGACACCCUGACCAUAACCCACACGUCCCCGGCACGCCCGGUGCCCUUCACAUCGCACCUCCGCACGGGUGUCAAAGGCUUCCUAUUCAAAGAUGACGGCAUCACCAAUAUCUCAUUCUGCAGCGACACAAGACGCGAACUCACAGGGUUUGAUCUGGAAGUCAUCACAAUGGACAUCACAGAUCAAGAUGAUGUCACCGUGACGGAGAGGGCGGGAAAUCUAUCUCACUGGUGUUCGACCGAGCAUCAUCAGUUCAUAGCAUCCGACGCUCAGUGCAAUGGAGUUUUCGAAUGCGCCAACUACACAGACGACGCAGAAUGCUUCGAUCAAGAGUUUGGCAGAGGAUGUGGACCAGGCUUUCACCAGUGCAUGGCUUCACCCGAGUUGUGUGUUUCACAAGAAAGGGUUUGCGACGGUUGGAAUGACUGCCCUUUGGGAGACGAUGAAGAAAAUUGUGAAACUGUGAUGUGCCCGUUGGAUUGUUCGUGUGGUGAGUCUGCGUUUUUCGGGAGAUAUGGUCCUGAUAAACCCCAGUGCAGCGAUCCCAACUGGCUCCCGUUCUGGGUAAAUUGUUCGAGCGGCUGGAACGAAGAAUACAGAAACAAUACUGCUCCCAAAACGAUUAUGUUAAAUCUGAACCAUGCACCGAUCAGAGAGUUGCAUCCGGGUUCUUUUAAUGGGCUACGAAAUGUACAUACGCUAGACAUCACUUCAGCCCAGCUGAAGAGGUUGCCACCUGAUGUGUUUAUCGGAAUGCAUCGACUGGUCAAGAUCAUUGCAAGUAAUAACAGCCUAACUUAUCUUGAACGUGGGACAUUCCGAGGACUACACAAGUUGAGAUUAUUGUACCUAGAUUUGAACAAAAUCUCGCGGCUUGACGAGGGUUGUUUUAUGGAUCUUCACAGCCUAUUCUUCAUAGGACUGAAUCAGAAUCCACUUGGCAGUAUUAGGCCUGGAACUUUUCGAGAGCUCGGAGAUUCUUUAGAACGUCUGAUUUUACGAAACAACAGUAUCACAUCAAUAAAUUCCAGUUUGUUUGAUGGAAUUGGACAAAAGCUGCUACGUCUAAACGUCCAAGAUAAUCCCAUUUCGGAGGUUGCACCGGGUUCCUUUACCAAUCUUACUAAUGUGACAAGUUUGUCUUUGAUGCUAACACCCCCAGCUCCAAUCCAUCUAUAUCCUGGAUUCUAUGAUGGGCUGGAAAGUCUUGAAACAGUAUUUGUCUAUGAUCAGCGGCUAUGUUGUUUUCUACCAUCGAAUGCAAAGUGUGCCCUACAGAAACCUCCAGAGCCUCUCUUCACCUGCAGGAUGACAUUCCUCCACAAUACUGCAAUUAAGUUCUUCACCUGGUUGCUUGCCUUUGUUACUUUGUUUGGCAACACUUUCGUCCUGGUGACCAGACUGCGUUCCAAGCGCACCAACAUGGUCGCUAGAAUACAGUCCAUCCUAAUAGCCAACUUGGCCGUUGCUGACCUACUUAUGGGACUCUAUCUGCUGAUCAUAGCAAGUGCCGAUGCCUACAUAGGAAACUCUUACUUCUGGAAAGGUCUGGCUCAUGAAUGGCGGAGGAGUGGGAUGUGUCGUUUUGCAGGUUUCCUUUCAUUCUUGAGCAGUGAGAGCUCUGUGUUUCUCAUUGUCCUCAUCAGUGUUGACCGCUUCAUCUGUAUCGUGUUCCCCUUCUUGAAGCAUCGAUUCACCAUCUUUACCAUUCAAGUCUGUACUGGGGUAAUCUGGGUGGUUGCCCUAAUCCUCAGUGGCACUUCUGUGUUGCUGACUGUCCUUGAUCCCGACGCCUAUGACCUUAGUGAUGUCUGUGUGGGCCUGCCUCUUAUCCGAAAAAACAUCAACCUGCAGGCGGAAGUUGACAAGGACAUACUAAAUACCAUCGGCAUAGAGGUCAAAAAGGUUGUUGCUGGUUCAUCCGCUUCAACAUGGCAGUAUUCCGUGGCUGUCUUCCUUGGAAUCAACUUCAUUUGCUUCACCAUCAUCCUGGUGGCAUACAUCGCUAUCUUUGCCAAGGUUCGCUUCAGCCGUGCUGCCGUUGGGCAAAAGGGAUAUUCUUCCAAUGAAAUCAGGAUGGCGCUGAAGCUUUCGCUCAUUGUUGCAACAGAUUUCUUCUGCUGGAUGCCUAUCAUCAUUCUUGGAAUCAUUGUCCAGUCUGAUCACGUUGUCAUAUCAGCUGAUGUCUAUGCCUGGCUCAUUGCUCUGGUUCUUCCCAUCAACUCAGCCAUCAAUCCUUACCUCUAUACCAUCGUUGAUCACUACGUUGGCCAAGAUAAAUCAAGCCAUACUUCAGGAGGAUCAGGCGGAUCUAGUAACUAAAGGAAACUGAACGUGCUGAGGGACCUGGGUUGGUAGAACUACAGGACACAUAGAAAUUGUUUGGUUUCAUAACAGCCCUACACCAAACAAUGCAAAAUGAACUGCAUGAAUUGCAUUGAACUAUCCAAGAGCCAAUGAUUGCAAGAUUGUGAUCAGGGCCGUCUUACAAAGAGUUGCAAUAAGCCAGUUCGUAGUUCCUUUCUGCGCAUGAUCA